AUGGGUUUCUUCCACGGGAAGACCUCGAAGCAGACCUCCAGGGUUAAGAAGCUUCUCAAGCUGGCCUUGUCGCGCCUCGCCAUUGCCCAGCGUCCUCGGCUUGCUCGCAAGUCAAUCUCACACCGUGAUGUUAGCCAGCUCCUCGCGCUCGGCCACCUCCACCGUGCCUUCCUUCGUGCAGAGCAGCUCAUAGAGGAGGGCAACAUGCUGGAGGCAUUCAACAUAAUAGAGCUAUACUGCAAUCGCCUCAUCAAGCACGCAAAUCAGUUAGACAAGCCCCAUGAAUGUGGCGAGGAUAUUCGGGAGGCAGCCGCCGGGAUCAUGUUUGCAGCCGGGAGGUGCAGCGAUCUGCCGGAGCUGCUGUUUGCACGCACUAUACUGGCAAAUAAGUUUGGAGGCGACUUCACAAUGAUGACAAAGGAGGGCACUGGCGUUGUCGACCCCAUGUUGGUCUGGAAGCUAUCUGGCAACAAAAGAAACAUGGAGAUCAAGAAAAAGGUGGUGAAAGAGAUUGCUGCUAAGAACAAUGUGCUACUGGAUUUUAAUGAGUUCCAAGAAGUGGUUGAGCAGGAUGGCAGCAGCAACGUUCGGCACCAUCAUGAACUCAACCACGAAGCUAUAUACCAAACUGACAUGGAUGAAAGUUUUCAGUCAGACUUUUAUCAUUCUCCCUCGCGCAACAAGGAUCCAUGCGAUAUGUCCAACUCUGAUGGAACAAACAAUGGGCAGCCGAAACAAAAGAACAUGAAAACUUCGGUGCGCACAAGAAGAUGA